AUUGAAAAGCGAGUGAAGAGACAAUGGUGGGGUGGCGGAUGGAAUCCAUGGGGAGGCGGCGGCUGGAACAGAUGGGGUGGCGGAGGUUUCAGGCCUUGGGGUGGCGGAUGGGGUCGUCCAUUUGGUGGCGGUUUCGGUGGUGGAUGGGGCAGAAGAUGAAUAUGUGGAGCAAGUGGAACAAUAUUUACACUAAUAAAAUUCAAAUGAAGCUGCAGUAA